AUGGAGAGGUUUAGGAUCAAGGUCAAGAAAAGGUUGUUGUACAAGGUGAAGACCAUGGCUAAAAGGGAGAUACAUGGAGGGUUUGAUGAGUCAUAUGGUCUUCUUCCAAGGGAGUUCAUAAGUGGGUGCAGACAUUUAAUAGGCAUUGAUGGGGCUCACCUCAGUAGCAACUACAAGGGCAUACUCCUUUCAGCCCUAGGCAUUGAUGGCAACAAUGAAAUUUUUCUCAUUGCAUAUGGCAUUGUUGACACUGAAAGUACUCCUAGCUGGGCAUACUUCUUGAGGAACUUGAGGAUCUGUUUUGAGAAAGAAGGAUGCAACAGAGAUGAUUGGACAUUCAUUAGUGAUAGAAUGAGGGGUGUUGACAGUGCGGUCCAUGAUGUGUUCCCAAGAGCAACAAGGAGGGUUUGUUGUCAACACUUGUACAUGAACUGCAAAAAUGCAUGGCAUGUCUUUCAUCCACUAGUUUGUUGUGAUCAUAACACAACAAACUUUGUGGAGAGCUUCAAUGUCUGCACAAAACCAUACACGAACCUUCCUGUUUUCACUUUGCUUGAGGCCAUAAGAAACUGGUCCAUGAAGAGAAUUGGGCCAAGGUUUGAUAAGGCAGUUGACAUGGAUGAAAACAUGCUCACUGAUUAUGCAAAGAAGGUCCUACAAACUAGGAGUGAUGAAUCAAGGUGUGGAUGUGGAAAAUGGCAAGGUUGUGGUAUACCUUGCAAACAUGCACUAAGAGUAAUUUUUAAUGAGAUAUUGGAGGCUACUAAUUUUGUCUCUCCUUAUUUUAAGGGGGCUGCUUACAAGGCAACCUAUGGGGAGCACAUUUAUCCCAUGGCUGAUCCAUCUCACUGGCCUGACCAUGACCUACCCCUCAUUUAUCACCCUGAUGUUAAGAGAGGUGCUGGGAGACCCCAAAAGCAGAGGAAGAGAGGUCCAAAUGAAGCCAAGAAGGGCAAAAGGCACAGCACUUUUAAGUACAGCAAAUGUAAAGAAGUGGGCCACAAUGCAAGGACCUGUGGAGGUGGACCAACUGCUCAGACCAGGAAGGAGAAAGGCUCUACAUCAGCUGCAAUAGGGACUGAGAAGAGAGGGAGAAAAAGGAAAGAAACAGAUGUUAACAAUGCCGCAAGCAGGCAACCUAAAGCUAAGAAGACAAAGAGCAAGAACAAGAAAGCCUGA